UUUGACUUUUGUUUGGAGAGGUUGUUGUGAUGUCGAAGGAACUGGUCGAGAUUCCCCCCAGGGAUUGGGCUAAGCUCCGAGAAUUAUAUAUCCACAAAGACACCGAUCCCCAGGGCUAUCCAUGCAUUAAUAAUUUCAUUCAGUGGGUGGAAAAAGACCCUAGUCUAAAGGUCAAGUUCUUAUCGCUUGAUGGAGACUGGCAGAAAGAUGGAACCUUUGUUUUAACUUGGCAUAGGGAAGUGGGAGUUAAUCACAUCUACUUCAACACUCUCAGUGACAAUUUCGACAAUAUAACCAAAGCCCUCGAAUGCCUAAAGCCAGUGGAAAAUGAAUAUAUAUUCUUUGGCUAUAACUCUCGUCUUAAGCCAGUAGUCGAAGAUAUAGGCAAGAAGUUAUACACCAAAGAAUUCCAUGUUGUGGGCACUAUUUGGUAUAAGGCCAGCAAGGAGCUCGUGGACAGUUUCACUCUUGAGGUUCCAUAUGGCAUUACUCUAGCUGAUCUCUCUGUUGAAGAUGCCGAAACUAUAAAUGAAAUCUGGCCGCAUCGUGCCCCUGGAUCCGUAGACUUUGUUAAAAAUCUAAUACAACUAAAUGUUAAUACAGGAGCCUACGAUGAGAGUGGCAAGUUGGUUGCCUGGUGUUUAAGAUUGCCUAUUGGUUCUUUGGGUCUGCUGCAAGUCGUGGACUCGCAUAAACGUCUCGGUCUGGGUCAAUUAAUGGUCAAGUCGGUGUCCAAGAAAGUCUCGGCUCUGGGAGAUCAGGUCCUGGCUCCCGUGGUGCACGAAAACACAGCUUCGAGGAAUAUGUUUGAGAAGAUCGGUUUUCAAGCUAUAGAAACAGUUUAUUGGGCUAAUUGAGGAUUUUAUUCAUUUAAAAUUGCACUAAAAGAAUUAAUA